UAUUACCAUCUCGCUCGCUUGCCGGUCUCUGCUCCAGCAUUUCAAUCGCCAACACCGGCAAGGAAAGCAAGUCACCAUGGGCAACAACAAGGCCGCGGCCUGCGUGCUGCUGCUCGUCCUGUGCGGCCUGCUCGCCGCGGACACGGCGGCGGCGGCGGGGUGCGACGCGGGCGGGCUGAGCCCGUGCGUGGGCGCCAUCAUGCUGGGCGGGGCGGUGACUCCAGGGUGCUGCGCCCGGCUGCGCGCCCAGCGGGCGUGCCUGUGCCAGUACGCGCGCGACCCGGCGUACCGCGGCUACGUCAACAGCCCCAGGGCGCAGAGCGUCGUCGCCGCGUGCGGCCUCCCAAGGCCCAAGUGCUGAUUAUCCGUCCCGUGAGGCCGGUGUUGUGCGCGAUGCCAGACACCGGUGGACGGCGGUCUAUAUACGUAAUGUAACGUGUGGUUAAUCAUACGGUCCACGACACCAUCGAGCUGGUACGUACGUACGUGUCCGUGCGUGCGUGUACGGCUGAAUGGUGGACGUCUAAAUAAACGUGGUUUGCUCUAAGCUGCGCACGCAUAUAUACGUGCGCGUGAGUCAGCUGGUUGUGUACGUACGUUCUCGUGUGUUUGCUACCACCUAUGAAUAAAGUUUCUCCUCACUCCUCA